UUUUAAGAAAAGAUAAUCUUUUGAAAAAUGUUACACUUAUAUAGUUUCUUUGGCAACAUGAAUGUAACUGAGAAAUCAUUGAAACCUGAACAUCACCUCUAUUCCAUGAAACCCUUUCUUCCUGCUUUCUUUCAAACUCAACAAUGUCCAAAGCCAUUCUUUCUCGAAUCAAACCUCGUCACCGCCUCAAAAUUUCCUCCUCUUUGCCUCCCCACAUCAACAACCUCGUCUCUGACGUCAUCCGAAUCCUUAAAUCCCAUCAAUCGCAGGAAUCCCUCCAAUCUCGCUUUGCUCAAUCCAAUGUUAUUGUUUCCGACAUUGCCCAUUUCGUCAUUGAUCGUGUCCACGACCCGGAACUCGCUCUGAAGUUCUUCGAUUGGGCUUCCACCCGACCCUUCUCUUGUUCUCUCGAUGGGGUUGCCCAUUCCUCUCUUCUGAAGCUCUUGGCCAGGUUCAGAGUGUUCUCGGAGAUCGAGUCGGUGUUGGAGAGCAUGAAAGCUCAAAACUUGGUCCCUACCCGUGGAGCAUUCAGUGCUUUGAUUGUUACAUAUGGAGAAUUUGGGUCGGUUGAUAGGGCUCUCCAGUUAUUCCAUGCAGUGCGUGAAAUGCAUAAUUGUUUUCCCAGUGUUGCCGCAAGCAAUUCGUUGCUGAAUGGCUUGGUCAAGAGCGGGAAAGUCGAUGUUGCGCUUCAGCUGUAUGAUAAAAUGCUUCAAACAGAUGAUGGAACUGGUGCUGCUGUGGAUAACUAUAGCACCUCGAUAGUGGUGAAGGGCCUGUGCAACUCGGGGAAAAUUGAGGACGGUUGGAGGUUGAUUAAGGAUAGAUGGGGAAAAAGUUGUGUGCCACAUGUUGUGUUUUAUAAUAUGAUUAUUAAUGGGUAUUGCAAGAAGGGUGAUCUCCAAAGUGCAACUAGAGCUCUCAAGGACUUGAAAAUGAAGGGGGUUUUGCCAACUGUAGAAACUUACGGAGCUUUAAUUAAUGGAUUUUGCAAGGCAGGGGAGUUUGAAGCAGUUGAUCAAUUUCUGACAGAAAUGGCUGCAAGGGGAUUGAAUACGAAUGUCAAAGUGUUUAAUAGUAUUAUUGAUGCAGAAUAUAAGCAUGGUUUGGUAGCCAAAGCAGCUGAUACAAUGAGAAGGAUGGCUGAGAUGAGUUGUGAACCAGAUAUUACAACUUACAAUGUUAUGAUUAACUUUUCGUGUAGGGGUGGAAGGACUAAAGAAGCUGAUAAACUGAUAGAAAAGGCGAAAGAAAGGGGAUUGCUUCCUAAUAAAUUUAGCUAUACACCCCUCAUGCAUGCUUAUUGCAAGCAAGGGGAUUAUAUUAAGGCAUCAAGUAUGCUUUUUAGGGUUGCUGAACUGGGAGAAAAGCCAGACUUGGUUUCUUAUGGAGCUUUUAUACAUGGAGUAGUCGUUGCUGGGGAAAUUGAUGUUGCAUUGAUGGUCAAAGAGAAAAUGACGGAGAAGGGUGUACUUCCUGAUGCUCAAAUUUACAAUGUUUUGAUGAGCGGUCUCUGCAAAAAUGGAAGGUUUUCUGCCAUGACAUUACUACUUUCAGAAAUGCUUGAUCAAAAUGUUCAACCUGAUGCAUAUGUCUAUGCCACCCUGAUAGACGGGUUUAUUAGAAGUGGUGAGCUUGAUGAGGCAAUUAAGCUUUUUGAAGUCAUAAUUAGAAAGGGUAUAGACCCUGGUGUUGUGGGGUAUAAUGCCAUGAUCAAAGGCUUCUGUAAAUUCGGAAAGAUGACAGAUGCUCUGUCAUGCUUAAAUAAGAUGAAAAAUGUGCAUCAUGCUCCAGAUGAAUAUACGUAUUCCACAGUUAUAGAUGGAUAUGUAAAACAGCAUGACAUGAGUAGUGCCCUCAAGAUGUUUGGACAAAUGAUGAAAUAUAAAUUCAUGCCAAAUGUGAUCACCUACACCUCUUUAAUCAAUGGGUUCUGUAAGAAAGCAGAUAUUAUCAGAGCUGAAAAAGUUUUCGGAGGAAUGAAAACUUUCAAUUUGGAGCCUAAUGUUGUCACCUACACCACACUAGUUGGGGGUUUCUUUAAGGCUGGUAGACCUGAGAAAGCAACAUCCAUUUUUGAGUUAAUGAUGAUGAAUGGUUGCCUUCCAAAUGAUGCUACAUUCCAUUACAUGGUAAAUGGUUUAACAAAUACUGCACCUACUCCGGUUCUUGUUGAGAAAAGCGAUUCCAAGGAAAAUGAGAGGUCACUGAUUUUGGAUUUCUUCACAAUGAUGAUUUUGGAUGGAUGGGGGCCGGUGAUUGCAGCUUAUAAUUCUAUUAUUGUUUGUCUUUGUAAACACGGAAUGGUUGACACUGCCCAAUUAUUGCAAACUAAGAUGCUGAAUAAGGGAUUUCUUAUAGACUCUGUAUGUUUCACUGCUCUGCUACAUGGUUUAUGCCAAAAAGGCAAGUCAAAAGAAUGGAGAAAUAUUGUAUCCUGUGAUCUAAGUAAGACUGAACUUCAAACUGCUGUUAAAUAUUCCCUGACAUUAGACAAAUACCUAUAUCAGGGAAGGCUCUCAGAGGCUUCAGUUAUUUUACAGACCUUGAUUGAAGACUCCAAGUUUUCUGAACAGCCUGAUAAAAAUCUAAAGGUUAUAGCAAGAUAGAGACUGAGGAAAUUCCAUUGCAUGAGGAAAUUUUACAGAUUAAAGAAGUCGAGCAAUAUUUCAGUCAUGUAUGAAUGUGUAUAUAAUGUGAUCUACAUAGAAUUUAAAGAAGACAUUUAUAUUGUCUUUUCUGAAUUCUAUUAACCUUCUUGAUGUCAGCAAACAGCAAAUAGACAACACAAAUUAUCUUCAGACAGUCAUUUUAUGAAGAGUAUAUAAGUGAAUCAUUAUCAUCCCCAACCUUUUUCACUAUUACUAGCAUCAGUUAAAGAUGUUGAAUCUCAAUGCUUUGAAGCUGGCAUGCAUAAAGAUGUUGAAUAUCAAUGCUUUGAAGCCUGAGACAGCUGCCUGUAACAAUAAAGAGGUUCUGAAUUGAUAUAAAUCUUACAGUUGCGCGGUGUGCAUAUAGGUUUACUUUUCUCCCAUGGGAAGCAGCGGGAGCAUGUGUAUUGUAUAUAAUUUUUUGACAAAUAACAUCAAAUGUGUAUUAAAUCUCUAUUUCAUUAGUCUGUUGCAGCCAUUAGCUAUGAAAGUGGUCCAAGACCUUCCCAAUCCCCACAAACAUAGGAGGAAACUUUGCCUGACACGAAUACACGAUCCCAAGGUUGUUUGUUUCUUUGGUUUUUGACAGUUCCAAAGUUAUUUCUUCAGUUUCUGGCAGUUCACUUACCAUAUUGGGAAAAGUUCUCCUACAUAAUAAUUUGCCCCCACUGAUAUAUUUUCGCCUACUUUAAUGACUUUAUUGCCCCUUUCUGACUAUCCCAUGGGAUGGGAGAGGGGCAAAAUUGCAGCGAGCCUACAACACUAACCAAUUUCAAAGUCAAGGCAUUGGGAUAUAUAUUUUGCAGACUAGUCUAAAUGGAGUUGGAUUCUUCUUCACCAUAUCAGACAGUUGGGUUAUGCAUGCAUUCUGAUUCAGAUGUGAGAAAGCUGAAAAGUGUCUUAUGGAAGUAGUUGAAAUCUACAAUAGAGCUGAAGAACAGAGAAGAAUAAUUGGUUCUUCGUCAUCCCAGGUGUGAUCUUUGGUUGGUUUUCAUAAAUCAAGUAGUACAUUCAGUAAAAGGUCUCCUUGAUUUAUCAUUACCAUAUUUUCUAAAGCUAAAUUGUGUUGUGCGAGUCUACUCAGAUGAUUACAUGGACAAUUGAUAAAUACAACAAUGCUGCAGAUGUUCA